CCUUCAUCACGUGUCGUAAUUACAAAUUUUUCGCGGGGUGUUGCUGUAUGUGUCCGUAGUGUCUGCUAGAUAUUGACGGUUUUGAAUAUGGCUGCAUGGAAUCCCAGUGUACCACAGACCUUUCAACAAGAAUUGGAGGAAAUAAAAGUAUUACUUGAAUCAAAGCUCUCAGACAUACAAACAGAGCUCCAGCAACUUCGUGACACUGAAGACAAUAAUCGACUUGGCCGGCUGCCAAGUGAAAAUUUAGAGCAGACUAAGAAGCUUUUGAUUCAUUAUUUGAUAGAGAGUCUAACACCUCAAUAUCCAGAUUUUUUCAGAUCUGGAGAAGUACUUGAAAAAGCAGUACUUGAAAAAUUGGAAAUCCUACUAAAAGAAACUACCAGGAUGAUUGACAGUGAGAAGAGAGCAUUGAAUAAAUUAAAAAAAAAACUACAAAGUUUGCAGGCACAAUCUGAAUCAUUCGACACCAUCACGACUACAAGGCUUGAAUCAGGUGAAAUGAGACAGGCAGAGAAUCUUGAUAAAAUUGAAGAACAUCUGAACUCGGAGUUACAGAAACACAAGAAGGCACUGAAGGACAUGCUUGACAUACUCUAUCCUGGGGAUCAGGACAUGCGACGAAUAAUAAUGAACUUGAUGCAGUUGUACAUUGAUAACCCAAGUGAAUAUAUUGAAUUAUCAGUGGAACAUCAUUUAAGAAUUGCAAGAUUUGUUCAAAUUGGAGUAAUUACUCGACAUCCAUAUGAUCCAAUGAAAGUGAGAUUGUCGUCUUAGUGUCAGUAAUUCACUUGCAAGUGACAAACACUGAUAAGGUUUACAUGUAUAAGAAAAUUUCGACCUGUUGUUUCCAAAAUAGGUCAUAAACAUAAUUAGUGAUCACUUUUUUGAAAAGAUAAGCUGAUUACUGUGCAUCUGUACUUGGAUUGUAGCUGCUUCUGUUUUCUUUCAUGAUGUAAUAAGAGUAUAAUGUAAAUGAAUUAAUGAAUGCCCUAUUGUAGGGAAGCAGCCUACUCACGCCUUAUAAAAUUCUCAUCAGUCUUUCCGUUGUGUGCCAGCCAGUCAGCUGUAACUAGCUCUGACAUCAUAAAUGUUGCGCAAUACUUGAAAAAUCAAGUAAAUAACCUGAAACGUUUCUGGCACGUCAGGAGUAAUACUAAAUCAAUAUGUGUUGAAUGUCAGUUCAAUAACUUUAACCAUUUUCAAA